AUGGGUGCGAACAGGGGUGUCGUUCGGAACACCAACAACUCCCAUGAGGGCGGUGGGCACUACAGCCUGGCCUUUGAGGAGAGGCAGAGAGGAUCCGAGGGCCCAAACUGCAACAAGCUUCUCACAAACCUUCUCAACGCCGGGCUGAAAUUUCUUUGCUCUGUUCCGAUAUUAGCUAAGAUAGCAGGCGCAAGACCACAAGAGUGGUAG